CAAGAGGCGGGGCCGGGCUCUGCCCGCCCCUUCCGCAGCUGGAGCAGGGCCAUGGCCGGCACUGGGCGGGAGUCCGGGGCCGCCGAGGACGCGGAUUUUGCGGAUUUGAGCGACUCGGAGUUCCCCGACUUUUCGGAGCUAAGAGAUAUCGAAGAACUUGGAAACCAAUCUGGCAGCUCUUUGGGGAGCCCCAGAAAUCAAGCUGACUCCCAGGGGCCGGGGAAAAGGAAGCGAGAGGCAGAUGUCCCAACACCAAUGGAGAGGUUCCAGCUUAGGUACUUGUGGGUCACCGACCUGUCCACACAGAGCUGGUGUGAGCAGCAGAUGGUGUACAGGAAGGAGCUCCCAGGUUUCCAGUCGGUGGAAAAGGCUGCUGUGCUGGAUGCCGGAGCCAGUAUCCACCGGGCCAGAGAGCUAGAGCUCCAUGACCUUGUGAGCAUCCACACCUCCACUAAGGAAGACACGUGGGCAGUGAAGCUGCUGAACAUUCUCUCUAUGGUACCCACUCUGCAGGCAGGUGGGACAAUCCGGGAGUUCCCAGUCUUUGGGGAAAUAGAAGGGGUGUUCCUGGUUGGGGUGAUCGAUGAGUUACAUUACACUUCAAAAGGGGAACUGGAAUUGGCUGAGCUGAAAACUCGCAAGCGACCCAUGAUGCCAUUGGAGGCUCAGAAGGAGAAAGACCGUUUCCAGGUCAGCCUCUAUAAAUGCAUCUUCGAUGCCAUGGUGCAGGGAAAGGUGACAUCUGCCAGCCUGGUUCACCACAUGAAGCUUUCCCCAGAGCUGCUGCUGGGGCGUCAGGUGCAGAGCCACGCCCGGCAGGGGGGCUUCCGUGUGAAGUCCUUCGGAGAUCUCCUGGAGCUGACUUUCUUGUCGCUGACGCUGUCCGACCUUCCGGUCAUUGACUCUCUGAAGAUAGAGUACAGCCAUCAGGAGACCAACACCAUGUUGGGCACAGAGAUGGUCGUCUGUGAGGAGAAGAAGGUGAGGGACAAGCUUCGACAUUACCUCGAGUACUGGACAGGACUCAGGGAGCCCCAGGGAGUGGAUGUGAAGGAGGCGUGGAAGUGCCGCAUGUGCGACUAUGCUGCCAUCUGUGAAUGGAGACAGGGUGGUGGCCCGAGGACUUUGUCACAGGGACGGCGUGCCAAGGUGACCCAGUGAGGGGCCAGAGGGCCGGAAGACCCAGUGGGGCCAGCUCCCUCCAGGCCAGCAGGAGUCCUGGGCCGUCCCUGACCAAGAAUCCCAUGGGAGUGGUUGACAGGGGAGGACUCUGGAAAUGCCCUCAUUUUGCAGCUACAACACUGCCUGAUUUCCCGGGCCUCAGAGAAACACAGAAUUCCCUUUUUCUCAGGGAUGCAUGUGAAGGAAGGGUCUGGCUCCUUGACUAGAAUCCUGCUGUCCUCAUCCUGGAGAGGUCCUGGAAGGGUCUGCACAGGGACUGCCCAGGGGCCUUCUGGGACAGUGGGCUAAGCAGCAGUUGUCCCUUCUUUUUCUUAAAGAAAAUCCUGCUCUCCCAUUCUUUCCCAAUGAAGACUUGGAGUUUUCCAAAGCAGGAGAUCCUAUGGCUCCCCAGUAACCAGUUGUCCCAAGGUCACACGCCAGGUCAGCAGCAGGGCUACGGCCAAGAGCCAGCUCUCCUCCAUGGGACGCUGCAGAUGGGGGACGGCCUUGGGGCCAAGGCAGCAGGCUGUCUUAGCCCUUCUGCAAUGGAUUUUUCUUUCAUAAAAACUUAUUGCUGUUCUUUGUGCUCUUGACACCUUCAUCUCCCUUCCCCCAGAGAACUACCAUUUGUAACCAAGUUACUAGAAGAAAAAAGGGGGUGGGAACACUUUGGCCAAAGAUGGUCAAAUCCACUUCCAGCCCCUUCCCUGAAGAAAGGGGGGGUGGUGGCAAUUUCUUCUUUAGGAUGAAGCUUCAGCAUUAGAAUUAGAUAGGCUUCACUUUGGGCUUCCUUCCUUCCUUCCUGCUUGCCUGCCUGCCUUCCUCAUCCUUCUUGC